AUUUCUUGGUCCCCGCGGGUGUGCGGUGGAGUGCCGCUGAUGAAGUGGGCCCAUGGCAAGAUGCCAAGUGAUCGAUGUGGACGCUGCUGAUUCAGAUUGGGCUUGCUCAGCUUGCACACUUCUGAACAAGUCUGGACAUUCCAAAUGCCAAGCUUGCGGCCUUUCAAAGCAAAAGGCUAUUGCUGAUUGGUGGGCAUGUGUGAAAUGCACGUUCCUGAACACUCCAGAUGCAAAAGAGUGCCAAGUUUGCAAGCAAAGCAGGCAUCAAGACCUGCAAGAUGUGACCUCGCAAGGUCAGAAGCAUCCAGAGAAGGCCGAAGGUGGUGUGUCCAUGACUUCGGCCAAUUCUGCAAGUGAAGCGUCAACAAAAGGUGUCCUCCAAAAUGACUUGCCGGAGGAAGAGAUGAAAUUGCUGCGGACAUUGCAACAGCUAGUUGGCGCAGGUUCGUUUCGCUCCGGGCAGCUGGAAGUGGUGAAAGCUUUGCUUGCAGGAGAGGAUGUACUUUAUGUUUUUCCGACGGGUGCUGGAAAGUCCCUGUGCUAUCAACUUCCAGCACUGAUGUCUGCAGGGAAGUUUGGCCUUGUCAUCUCCCCGUUGAUUGCCUUGAUGGAAGAUCAGGUCCGCUCCCUGCGCCGCCGCGGGGUGCCAGCGGUGGCGUUGCACUCAGAGCUUUCGGCCACCGAGAGACGGGACAUCCUUGCCACUAUCGUGCCUUCACAUCGACCGUCAGAGUUGAAAGGAUUCUUCAUGAAAGCCAAAACUCCAAAGUUGGUCUACUUGUCUCCAGAGCUGGCGACAUCCUCCAAUUUUGCAGAAUCUUUGCGCCUCUGGUCCUCUCACAUCGCACUGGUGGCGAUUGACGAAGCGCAUUGCGUGAGCAAGUGGGGCCACGACUUUAGACCUUGUUACCGUAGCCUCCAUCAAGUGCGAAAUCAACUGCCUGCAAGCAUUCCAUGGGCAGCCUGUACAGCUACGGCAACCUCUAAGGUACGGCAAGAUGUGGCAGAAAACCUGGGGCUAAAGGGCGACCCUCUCAGGGAGGUGUUAUUGCCUUUUGACCGACAGAAUCUACGCUAUGGAGUCAUUCACAGGAGAGAAGACCGCGAUUUUGGGGGCACCUACACAGAAUUGAUUGACCUCACGACAGCACAGCCUCCAGAGAGCUGUGGGAUCAUCUACUGCCAGCGAAAGAGCGACUGUGAAAACAUUGCAGAGCUGCUGCAGGAGCGUGGGGUCUCUGCCAUGCCGUUCCACGCUGGACUUUGCAAAAACAAGAAGAGGGCUGCCUUCGAGGCCUUUAUUGGGAAGCCCCUUGAGAAGAGCAGCAGGAACCCAAAGGGUGCCAAACACCCAAAGAGUGUGAAGGAUAGUGCCGAGAAAGCGCUGCAGCCAUUCCCAACUGAAAGAGCAAGAGUGCUGGUGGCCACCAUCGCUUUUGGCAUGGGAGUGGACAAAGCUGAUGUUCGCUUUGUCUUCCAUGCUGCGCCGCCAAAGUCACUCAGUGCUUACUACCAAGAAAGUGGAAGAGCCGGAAGGGAUGGAGAGCCUGCGCUUUGCGUGAUGUUCUUCACAGAGAGGGACUUUUCGGGUGCAAAGCAACUCAUUAUAUCUUCACGAGGACAUAGUGCAACGACUGACAUAGCGUUGCAGGAAUUGGACGCUGUGGAAGCGUUUUGCUCAAACACAGAGGAAUGCCGCCGCAGCCUGCUGCUGAGACAUUUUGGUGAUCCCAGUGCCGACAAGCCUCCUGCGACCCAACGCUUGCCGAGCCACUGCUGCGACCGCUGCGCUGCGUUCGCCCAUGUUUCACUGCAAGGGCUGCUUCCGCCCCACUCAGGCGGCAUGACGGCGACCGCGUCUCGCCGAGAGCGCGUGCGCCCUGCUGACCUGCCGGGCUUUCAGGUGGCCUCCAAAGCCUUCGGCACAGGUGGAAGCCUCCAGGGCCCUGCGUUCAUGACUGCGCGGCAACUUCGAGGUGUUCCUCGACCUCGAAGCCCACCGGAAGCUGGCUCUCCAAAACGGCGCCGGCUGCCCUUCCGCUCAAGCUGAUGCAAGGAGCAAUGAGUUGCGGAUUUGCCUGGAAUGUUUAUAUGACCCCGGACCUCUGCUAAGACCUCAUUGCAGCGCAGCUCUAGUCUGAGUUGAAAGGUGCCUACUUAGUUGUUUUGUCGUCUCGCCUCUUUGCUUCCAGUUGUCCACUUGUGACGC